GUGGGGGGUGGUGGUGAGUUGAGGAUGACCAUAGAUUGUUAAAAUAAAGAGGGGGACGUAGGGUGAAUGCAUCACUCACUCAUGACAGAGUAUCAAAAUAAAGGAGUUGUGUAUAUGUGUAGGCCUACAGUAUGUGUGUGUGUUUGUGUGUGAUGACUAGUGAGGGGAGGAACGGGGAGUUUGUUUAUUAGCUCUACCUGUCGCUGCCCGGUAGGCGGUGAUAAUGGGGGUGUGUGUGAUGGGCGGCGGGGGGCGGAGCCGCUCGGACAUGAGUAAAUGACGUCAGGCCCUGGGUCGCCGAGCAGUGAAACAAACAUGGCGACAGAAUGGAGCGGGCAGCAGGGUUAUAUUCUCACUCUCAUUAUAUUCCUGUGGAGCGCAGUCGGUGGCCGCACGGAGACGGCGGCCGCAGCGUCCGGUGUCAGCGGCAGCCAAGUGCUCGGCAUGCGGCUGGAGAGGAGCGACAAGCCGUCCAGCACCAAUGACGAGGGUGUCAUCCAGGUGACUGAGGAGAGCUCCGUGCAGCUCCGGUUUUACGGGGUGCAGCUCCACUCGGGCGCCUGGACGCAGAUCCGCUUCACGGACCUCACGGAUGUCGCAAGCGGUGGCGCGGAUGAAGGUGAGGAGGAGGAGGAGGAGGAUGAAGCGGUAAAGGCGGCGACGAGAGGAGGAGGCAGCGGCAUGAUGGAGCCGCCGGACAGGACUUGUGUAGAUUUCACGAAGGACAUAAGCGUCGGGACCUUCUUGAACGUCAGCAGUCGAGGCUCGUCGGGGCUGCUUACCGUUAACAUUAAGCCGCUCCGCAAGACCGAGCCGCAGAAGGAGUACGGCGUGUGCAUCCGGAGCCGCGUGGAGGCUAGCAGGUGGGUGCUGCUGGGGGACACUGAUGGCAAGCUGCUGGUGUUGGAGGAGAAGAGGUCCCUGCUGCCCUUAUGGCUGCAGUGCAUCCUCAUCUCCUUCCUGCUGGUGCUCUCUGGGAUGUUCAGCGGCUUGAACCUGGGGCUGAUGGCUCUGGACCCCAUGGAGCUGCGCAUCGUCCAAAGCUGUGGCACCGAGAAAGAGAAGAAAUACGCAAGAAAAAUAGAGCCAAUCCGUAGCAAAGGGAACUAUCUUCUCUGCUCUCUGCUCCUGGGCAACGUCUUGGUGAACACCACCCUCACCAUCCUCCUCGAUGACCUGAUCGGAUCAGGUUUGGGCGCUGUGGUGGCCUCCACGGUUGGGAUUGUCAUCUUUGGUGAGAUCGUCCCCCAGGCGCUGUGCUCCCGCCACGGGCUGGCUGUAGGAGCCAACACCAUCAUGGUGACCAAGUUCUUCAUGCUGCUCACCUUCCCUGUGUCCUUCCCCGUCAGCAAGCUGCUGGACGUCCUGCUGGGUCAGGAGAUCGGCACCGUGUACAACCGGGAGAAGCUGGUGGGGAUGCUGAGGGUGACGGAGCCCUACAACGACCUGGUGAAGGAGGAGCUCAACAUGAUCCAGGGCGCUCUGGAGCUCAGGAACAAAACUGUAGAGGAUGUCAUGACGCCCAUAGGAGACUGCUUCAUGAUCCAGGCGGAUGCUGUGCUGGAUUUCAACACCAUGUCUGAGAUCAUGGAGAGCGGGUACACUCGUAUCCCUGUGUACGACGACGAGAAGAGCAACAUCAUGGACAUCCUGUACGUGAAGGACCUGGCGUUCGUGGACCCUGAUGACUGCACCACCCUGAAGACCAUCACCAAGUUCUACAACCACCCUGUGCACUUUGUGUUUCAUGACACGAAGCUGGACGCCAUGCUGGAGGAGUUCAAGAAAGGCAAAUCCCACCUGGCCAUUGUCCAGAAAGUGAACAACGAGGGAGAGGGAGAUCCGUUCUACGAGGUGCUGGGAUUGGUGACGCUGGAGGACGUCAUCGAAGAGAUCAUCAAGUCAGAGAUCCUGGAUGAGUCUGACCUUUACACUGACAACAGAAACAGGAAAAAGGUGGACCCCAAUAAAAACAAGCCCGACUUCUCGGCCUUCAAGCAGGAGGGCGACAGCAAAGUGAAGAUCUCUCCUCAGCUCAUGCUGGCGGCUCAUCGUUUCCUGGCUACAGAGGUCAGCCUGUUCAGCCCGUUCCAGAUCAAAGACAAAGUGUUACUGAGGAUCCUCAGCCACCCCGACGUCAUCCUGGAACUCAAGUUCAACGAAAACGACAAACGCUCAACGCAGCACUUCCUUUACCAGAGAGGGAAACCUGUGGACUUCUUCAUUCUCAUUCUGCAGGUACACUGCCACUUCUUCAUCCUCAUUCUCCAGGUACACUGCCACUUCUUCAUCCUCAUUCUGCAGGUACACUGCCACUUCUUCAUCCUCAUUCUGCAGGUACACUGCCACUUCUUCAUCCUCAUUCUGCAGGAGAGGGUGCCUUAG